CUUUGCUUUAGCUGGUUUCUUUCAGUGUGUAGUCAGCUACAAGCUCGUGGUUUAGCGGAAAAUUGUAUAUUCUCCAGAUUGCAGAACUAAAGCAAUGGACCAGGAGCCAUCUACAUGGAUAAAAAAAGAGGAAACGAACGAAGUAAAAACAGAGUUACACUUAAUAGCCCAAGUUUACCCAUUCAGCAUGGAUGUAAAAGAGGAGUUGGAGGAGGGUGCAAAUAAAGAGUCCAUUGAAGAUCCACUGGGAACGUCAUGGUCCACUCAUUUUAUCAAGGAGGAUCCUGAAUUAAAUUUGGAACUGAGUGUAACUGAGAAUAUUGUGGAAACCUCAACAAAAUACGCAUCUGAUAGUGCAAGAUUGACUCAGUGUACUGGUGGGAGCAGUGGCAUAUCAUGUGAAGAAACUUGUCACCAUAGACUGGUAAAGGAUGAGUUGAUGAUAGACAUGGAGAAGUCAACACACGAGUUUGGUACUGAUACAGGAGAUAUGGCUGUUGAUAAGAACUGCUCAGUUGCCACGCGAUAUAACUGUAGUAUAUGGGAAAAGGAAUUACAUGUAUAUAGCUGUAAUUUCUGCCAACAGAGCUUUCCUUCAAAAUACAGAUUCAUAAAGCAUGUGUUUAUUCACAUUGAUGGUAUGCAACCACCUUUGUAUGUUUGCAAGUGGUGUGGUGAGGUAUUUCACAGUAAUGUUAGUUUGAAAAAACAUUUGAGAAUGAGUGAGAAUUACCGUUUUUCAAUUGCUGGCAACUGUGAAAAAUAUGGCUAUAGUGAUGAGCAUCAAAGCACUAGCUUCUCGGAUGGUGAGCCAGACGUUUCUGUCGCAGAACUCGACAAGCUGAAUUCAUACAAGGAAACAAGGAAAGCUGCAAACAAGUCUGCUAAUGACAUAGGUAACACAAUUAUAACAAAUGAUACAGCGGAAACAAAUCAUUAUGGAACUUUAUCUACUACUGUUAAUGUCAGUUUCCAGGGUAAUCUGCUUACUGCAAACAGAACCCACAAAUGUGAUAUUUGUGGCAAAUCUUUUGCUGGUGCAGGCAAUCUCAAGAAACAUGUAUUAAGUCACACUGGAAAGAAACCUCACAAAUGUGAGAUUUGUGGGAAAUCUUUUGCUUUCCCAAGCUAUCUCAAGCAACAUGUAUUAUUUCACACUGGAACGAAACUUCACAAAUGUCAUAUUUGUGGAAAAUCUUUUUUUGUCUCAUGGGAUCUCAAGAAACACAUAUUAAUUCACAAUGGAAAAAAACCUCAUAAAUGUGAGAUUUGUGGGAAAUCUUUUGGUUUGUCAAGCGGACUCAAAACGCAUGUAUUACUUCACACUGGAAAGAAUCCUCAUAAAUGUGGGAUUUGUGGACAAUCUUUUGCUGGUGGAGGAAAUCUCAAGAAACACGGAUUAAUUCACACUGGAGAAAAACCUCACAAAUGUGAGAUUUGUGACAAAUCGUUUACCCAGUCAGCUAAUCUUAAGGCACACACAUUAAUUCACAGUGGAAAGAAACCCUACAAAUGCGAUAUUUGUGGGAAAUCUUUUGCGCUGUCAGCUUAUCUCAAGAAACAUGCAUUUAUUCACACUGGAAAGAAACCUCACAAAUGUGAGAUUUGUGGGAAAUCUUUUGCUUUCUCAAGCGAUCUCAAGAAACAUUUAUUAAUUCACAGUGGAAAGAAACUUAACAAAUGCGACAUUUAUGGGUAAUCUUUUGCUUUCUGAAGCGUUCUUAAGAAACAUCUCACUUCACACUGGAGGGAAACCUCGUACAUGUGAGAUUUGUGGGAAAUCUCAAGAUGCACAUUAAUUCACAUGCAAAGGCACCUCACAAAUGUGAAAUUUUUGACAAAACGGUUGCCCAGUCAGGAUAUCUCAAGAAACAUACAUUAAUUCACAGUGGAAAGAAACAGCACAAAUUUGAUAUUUGUGGGAAAUCUUUUGUUAGGCUGGCUAUCACAAGACACAUCAUUCAUACACACUGGGAAAAGACCUCACAAAAGUGAUGAAGUGAUCAUUCUUAGAUCAGCUGACCUCAAGACAGAUGCAUUAGAACACAUUGGAAGGGGACCUCACAAAUCUGAUAUCUGUGACAAAAGUUUCACUCUGUUGGGCACACUCAAGAGACGCAUUACUUCACAUCAGAAAGAAACUACAAGCAAGUGGUAGUUUAUGUAAGUAGGUUUUCCUGGUUGGUGCCCUCAAGGCCUGUAAAAUAAUGGAUGAAGCAAGGGGUCAAUAAAUUAUGCCUGUGAAAUCUUUAAUAGUGAAACAAUGUGUACUAUAGAUUGGUAACAGAUAAUCUGAUAAUAUAAAAAUCAAUAUCUGCAACUUAGGACAUCAAGAGAUUGUAUUACAUAAUACUCCACCAACAGGACGCAAAUGCAUAUUUGUCAUUAACACUGCUGUUCUUUCCGAUCAGUCUCGAGAUGUGAAAAUUGUGUAUUGUGAUAAGUCCAUGUAUGUGUCAGUAAUCAUAAGUACCAUGCAACAUUCAGACCAAGGAUGUGUGAUGACUUGCUUAGUCAUCAUGUAUUACUUAUAACUCUGUAUUUUUGAAUUAGUGACAGUAAAAAUACAGAGUGAUUCAAAAAGAAUACCACAACUUUAAAAAGGUGUAUUUAAUGAAAGAAACAUAAUAUAACCUUCUGUUAUACAUCAUUACAAAGAGUAUUUAAAAAGGUUUUUUUUUUCACUCAAAAACAAGUUCAGAGAUGUUCAAUAUGGCCCCUUCCAGACACUUGAGCAAUAUCAACCCGAUACUCCAACUCUUUCCACACUCUCUGUAGCAUAUCAGGCGUAACAGUUUGGAUAGCUGCAGUUAUUUCUAGUUUCAAAUCAUCAAUGGUGGCUGGGAGAGGUGGCCGAAACACCAUAUCCUUAACAUACCCCCACAAGAAAAAAUCGCAGGGGGUAAGAUCAGGGUUUCUUGGAGGCCAGUGAUAAAGUGCUCUGUCACGGGCUGCCUGGCAGUCGAUCCAUCGCCUCAGGUAGUUGACGUUCAGGUAGUUACAGACAGAUAAGUGCCAAAGUGGUGGCGCUCCAUCCUGCUGUGCUUCUUGUUCGAGCUGAGGGAACAGCCAAUUCUCUAACAUCUCCAGAUACUGUAAUCCAGUUACAGUAGCACCUUCGAAGAAAAAGGGACCAAAAACUUUAUUGGCUGAAAUGGCACAGAAAACGUUCACCUUAGGCGAGUCACGUUCACCUUAGGCGAGUCACGUUCACCUUAGGCGAGUCACGUUCAUACUGAGUUGUUUCCCGCAGAUUCUCAGUGCCCCAUAUACAGACAUUGUGACAGUUGACUUUCCAGUUAGUGUGGAAAGUUGCUUCAUCACUAAACACAAUCUUUGAAACGACAGUCAUCUGUUUCCAUUUGAGCAAGGAUAAAAUCACAGAAAUCGAUUCUUUUAAUCUUAUCAGCUGCAGAAAGUGCUUGAACCAAUUUCAGACGAUAAGGUUUCAUAACUAACCUUUUUCGUAGGACUCUCCAUACAGUUGAUUGUGGAAUUUGCAGCUCUCUGCUAGCUCUGCGAGUCAAUUUUCCUGGGCUGCGAACAAAUGCUUGCUGGAUGCGUGCUACAUUUUCAUCACUCGUUCUCGGCCGUCCAGAACUUUUCCCUAUGCACAAACACCCAUUCUCUGUAAACUGUUUAUACCAACGUUUAAUAUACCACCUAUCAGGAGGUUUAACACCAUACUUCAUUCGAAAUGCACGCUGAACAACUGUCGUCGAUUCACUUGUGCUGUACUCAAUAUCACAGAAAGCUUUCUGUUGAGCGGUCGCCAUCUUAGCAUCAACUGAUGCUGACGCCUAGUCAACAGCGCCUCAAGCGAACAAAUGUACAACUAAAUGAAACUUUAUAGCUCCCUUAAUUCGCCGACAGAUAGUGCUUAGCUCUGUCUUUUGUCGUUGCAGAGUUUUAAAUUCCUAAAGUUGUGGUAUUCUUUUUGAAUCACCCUGUAUAUUAAUGGCACUUCCUUCAUUCGUGCUAGUACACUCAAUACUGGAAAAACAUGGUUAUAACAAUUAUUUCACUCAGAUAUGCUUUCUCAAGAUAUGUCAUUAAUAGUAUGUACAUUUAUGUUCUGUUAGUACUAAUCCUGUAUCAGUAAACGUAACAACAAAUAUAGCAAUGUGCUUAAUAGCAUGUUUGACCACCUUUGGAACUCAUUACUUCGACAGUUCUACAUGAUAUGGACUUGACAUGUCAUGUAUGUGUUUAGGGAUGUAUGUUCUACCAUUUGCAUCCCACAUGUUCAGAUCAGCUACAUGGUGUGGUCAAGAUGUGUUAGGUGCCAUGCUACUCAGAUCACUGUGGAGUCAUUCUGCACAUGUGACAUGUUCUCCUGAAAGAUGCCUUCACCAUGGGAGAGCACAUCCAGGCAUGAAGCAAUCUAUGCAGUGGCUACAAAGGUCACAUAGUCAGCAACUGUCAUGAUCCCUUCAAUUACUACCAGAUGUCCCAAAGGAGGCUGAGUGACUGUCCCCAUAGCAUAAAGGGCACUCCACCUGGUGCCAUUCACCUAGAUAUAGCAUACCUGGAAGUGGCAACUGACCUGGUGUAACAGGAAAUGUCAACCAUCCUAACAGUUGACAUUUGCAUUUACCUUCAUUGUUGCCUCAAUGAUUCCUGCAGUUGCAAUUGAACAUUUCGGAUGAUUGGUAUGGAAAAAUACAGUUCCCAUAUGUUGUGGAGUCCUAUGUUAAACGAUGUACAUUGAAUUGUGGGUUCAAAAACGUGCAUGGCUGCUCAAGCAUUGUUUUCCAUAAUUAGAUAUACCACAUAUUCCUACAUGUCCAGCUUCACAGAGCAGGCAAGCCUCUGACCUCCCUGAUUUGUGAUGGAUAGGUGUAAUACAUGUUUUCAUAAGGUUAUCGAUUUAUCACCUUUCAGCCACUUUCCAUAGAUGUUCACAACAGUACCAUACAUCCAGCCUACCAGCUUCACCACUUAUGAGGUUCUAGUUCCCAACUGCAAUGCCACUGUAACCUGCCCUGUGCUAACGUCACUUAUUUCAUUGGGCUUACAUGUUCGUGACCCAUGUAAUUGGUAGAACAAUUCCUUGUUAAUUUCUGGUCUGCUUAUAUACUUGUAGUCUGCUUAUUGCAUCAUGCAUGUACAACAUUUGGCAUUCAUUCUCCUCACAGGGAGUAUUAAUGACAUUUUUGCUCAUCAGUGCAGCUUCACAUAAAUGGGUCAGAUGCUAAAAUGGGUAAUCUAAUAAAUACAUUGUUCUUGGCUGCCAUUUACACCAGUGUACAAUAGCUAUAUUUUUUGCAAAUAUAGUUUCACAAAGCUCUUUACAUGAUUGAGAGAUGAUGUAGAUAUGUGUUAUGCACUAAAGCUCCUAAUUUUUUCAGUAUUUAUACCAUGUAAGUUCUACACAAAAUGAAAUAGGUAUACAAACAUUAGGUGUUAUGACUUGAUUCCAGUUAUUCGUAUACACAAGAACACCACUUGGGAGAGCUCAGAACAUGAGUACUAAAUAUUUCCUGCAUUUUAUUCAAAGAUGUUUCCAUUGUGGAUAGUUUCCGUAAUGUGUGUAAAUAAACACGGCAUUUUUGGAAAUCUGUA